AUGGCCGCCGCGGCCCGCCGCCUGCUCCUGCCGCUGCUCCUGCUGCUGGCCUCGCUGGGGCGGGCGGCCGCCCCGGGGGCGCAGGAGCUGCGCCACCCACCCGCCAGGAUAGGUGUGAUCGGAGCCGGCAUUGGAGGGACAUCUGCAGCCUAUUUUCUGCGUCAGAAGUUUGGUAAAGACAUCCACAUUGAUAUCUUUGAAAGAGAAAAGGUCGGCGGGCGUUUGACUUCUAUCAACUUGGAAGGAAGGUACUACGAAGGAGGAGGUUCCAUCAUCCACCCCCUGAAUCUGCACAUGAAGCAUUUUGUCAAAGAGCUAGGUCUUUCUGCCGUUCUCCCUCAAGGUGGACUGAUGGGCAUUUACAAUGGAGAGGAGUUUGUCUUUGAGGAGAGCAGCUGGUACAUUUGGAAUUUCUUCAAGCUCAUCUGGAAUUACGGACUGAAUGCCAUACGAAUGCACAUGUGGGUGGAAGAUAUCAUGGACAAGUUUAUGAGGAUCUAUCGGUAUCAGUCCCAUGACUAUGCCUUCAGCAGCAACGAGGUUUUGCUUCACGCCCUCGGAGGGACUGGCUUCGUUCGGAUGCUGAACCAAACCAUCGAUGAGUCCAUGCAGAAUGCCGGCUUCUCCCAAAAGUUCAUCAAUGAGAUGGUGACUCCAGUCAUGCGAGUCAACUACGGACAAAGCACGAGCAUCAACGGCUUCGUAGGUGCGGUAUCUCUGGCAGGUGCAGAUUCUGGACUCUGGGCAGUAGCAGGUGGCAACCAACUCGUCUGCAGUGGCCUUCUUCAGGCUUCUAAGGCCCAACUGAUUCCUGGCACAGUUACCUCUCUAGAGGAGAAAACACGGCAAAAGGCCCGCACAGGAGAAACUUUGAAGCAAUAUGAAAUCACCUACAGUUCCACCGCUGGGAUAACAUCAGAACUGUACGACAUUGUGUUGAUUGCUACGCCCUUGCACCGCAAAAUUGCUAACCUCACCUUCCGCAACUUCAACCCACCCAUUCCCGAUUUCUCUAGCCCCUAUGAACAUAUUGUGACGACCUUAGUCCACGGGCAGAUUAAUUCUUCUUUCUUUGGCUACCAGGAUCCUUCCCAGUUCUCCUUAAGUGCCAUCUUCACAACAGACAAUCCAAAGUUGUUUAUCAAUAGCAUUGGUAUUGUCUCGCCAGUUCAAGACAAGAUGAACCAAAUUACUGGCCCUCCUGUCUGGAAAAUAUUCUCAGCCCAGCCUUUGACCAAGCAGCAGAUCAAUAUGCUUUUCUCAUCCUAUGAUUCCAUAGCAGCAAAGAAGUGGUUGGCUUACCCACAUUACAGUCCCCCAGAAAAGAUUCCACCUGUUGUUCUCCGCGAUCAGCUGUACUACCUCAGCAGCAUAGAGUGGGUGGCAAGUGCCAUGGAAAUGAAUGCCAUUUCAGCCAAAAACGUGGCCCUCCUGGCUUAUCACCGGUGGUACAAGGAGGAGGAAAUGAUCGACCAGGAGGACUUGCACGAGCGGCUCAAAACAGAGCUCUGAGUUAGAAUUCACACUGUUGGGAAAAAGGUCUCCCAGUGGUGUGGAAUAGUCUUCAGAAAAUGCUGAGUAGUUAUGAAUGGUAUUUAAUUGGGCUACUUGAAAAAGUAAUGUCAGUCAUUAUAAAAUGCAAGCUGUACAAGCUGCCUUGAACUAUUUACGUACAAAGCUUCUGUUGAUUCUGUUGACAGACAGGCAAAACCCAACUUCUUCGGCAGGCUCUUAAGUUGGAGCCCCCAUAAGGGCCUGUCCCACAGCACACAGGCGAAGGCGGCAGGAGCGGUAUUUACAUCUGCUUGGCCACGUGACGCAGCUCCUACUGGGAGUGCUUUAGUAUGAAGAGCAUGAAGGAAAAGUGUAGGAACAGAUGCAGCCUGGCACAGGAGAGUGGAAUGGCGAGAGCUGAUGUGUGGUGCCAUGCCGGUUAAUUCCCAUUGCUCAGAAGAGGAAAUAGGGAUUCACAAGCAGUAUCUGUCAAGUUGGUGAGAUUGACUGAAAUUGUUACAUGCCUUCAUUUCACCUGAUGCUUAAGACAGCCAGGAGCAUUGCACUAACAGGAAGUCUUCACUACUUAAAAAAAAAAAGCACUAAAUUACAUGGACAGUAUUGUUCAUAAUUGUGGAUCUUGCUUACAAACUUUCUAGCCUAUAUACUGUGACAACAGAAGUUGACAAAAUAUUUUUUACUGUAGACAGAUUUAUUUUGCUCGGGUACGGCUUAAACUAAACUAUAAAAUUUAGUCCACUGUUUGACA